AUGCAUGGCACGUGUGAGGAUAAUUCCUUUGGCCCAAUUACCAACGACUGCUAUCGGGGUUGGGACUUUACUUUACUUUUUGAAAAUGCUAUUCUAUCAAUGAUUCCGUCAUUCCUCCUUUUGGCUGCUGGUUUUGGGCGGCUUAUAUAUCUUCAGGGCCAAAUUAAACUGGUAUUAGCUCGCAGAUUCCAACUUUUCAAGGCUGGUGCUCAUUUGGUGUAUGGAAUGCUGCAGGUAGCAUUAUUGGCAAGCUGGAGCAUUCAUGAUACGCUGAGGUCUUGGUCAUCCAUUUCCGCAGCAGCACUGUCACUUGUUACUUUCGCAAUCCUGUUGCUGCUCUCAUAUUUUGAGCAUGGGCGAAAUAUCAAACCGUCUUCCACUCUUCUUAUAUACCUCUUCUUUUCCAUGAUCUUUGACGUAACACGGACGCGUACCCUGUUCUUAAUAAAGCCUUAUUCAGUCUUAUCGGUGUUAUCCAUUACAUCAACAGCAAUGAAGGCUUUUAUUCUAGGCUUGGAAUCAUGGGAAAAGGCUAAGUAUAUCCAGCGACCUGUUUGUGUCCCUUAUGGCCCAGAAGAUACUAGCAGCAUACUUAACCGUGGUAUAUUUUUCUGGCUUAACCUCCUGCUACUGAACGGGGCUAGAUCCACGUUGCUUCCAAAGGAUCUUUACUGUUUGGCCCAAGGAAUGGAUGCUGAUUCUCUUAGUUCUCCUUUCCUGACCAUCUGGGAGAAAUUCAACGAGAAGAAUCAGAGAUAUGCUAUUAUGAGAGCCCUUACUAUCACUCUGAAGUGGCCCAUUAUAAUGGUGAUUCUCCCAAGGUCAAUCUUAAUAGGGCUGACAGUCUGCCAGCCCAUUUUACUAAACAAGCUCCUGGACUACCUGGCCGAACCCUCAAGUUCAAAAGAUAAAGACAUAGGCUACGGCUUAAUUGGGGCAUACGCUUUUGUAUACCUUGGAAUCGCUGUCUCCACCGGGUUUUACUGGUAUUACCACUACCGAGUACUCACUAUGAUCCGUGGUUGCCUAGUGUCGGCUAUUGGUGGGAAAACACUACAAUUGAAUACCCAUUCUGUGGAGGACCCAAAGGCAGCAGUGACAUUAAUGAGUACUGAUGUCGAGCGGAUCAUCUUCGGGCUACGGAGCUUUCACGAGUUCUGGGCAAAUGCUAUUCAAGCUGGAUUCUUAGCGUUUCUCCUGGAGAGACAACUUGGGAUAGCCUUCGUGGUACCUCUUGUUAUUGCAAUACUAUCCUCUGUGUUGUCAAUAUGGGCAAGCCGUUCGUCUGAUGUUUACCAGACAACUUGGACAAGAGUUUCCCAACUUCGAAUUGGAACUGUCUCAAACAUGCUAUCUUCAAUCAAACCACUAAAGAUGCGAGGCCUGACCGAGACACUAUCCUCAGUAAUUCAAAAUACCCGAUUGCAAGAGAUUACGCUAGCCAACCGGUUUAGAAUGCUUUUAGUAUGGACCACUGGUCUAGGUUAUGUCCCGCAGUUCAUAUCACCACCGCUUACAUUCUUGCUAUUCAUCCUGAAAGCGAAGGGAAAUGGACAGUCGUUUGAUGCCUCAAGAGCAUUCACAUCUUUAUCGCUGUUGUUGAUUUUGGCUCAGUCACUCAGCCAAACACUUCUCGAUCUGCCCCCGCUACUCGCCUCCUUCGGAUCAUCCUCACGCAUUGAUAAGUUCUUAUCAACAAAAUCCCGAGUGGAUACAAGGCACUUUCCAACCCUAUCGGAUGAACUGCAGGACAGAACUUGUGAAAAGCCAUUGCAUCUUAAUGAUUCAAUCGUCAAAGUAACAAAUGGGUUCUUUGGAUGGAAGAAUAACAAUGAUGUUCUUCGCGGAAUCAACAUCGCUAUCCCUCGAGGGAAAAGUACCUUUGUAGUGGGACCUGUUGCAUGUGGAAAAUCUACUUUAUGCCAUGCUUUGCUUGGAGAGACACCGAAAUCAAGAGGCAAAGUUGAGAUAUUUGCUAGUACAAAAGAUAUUGGUUUCUGUUGUCAAACGCCCCAUCUAACCAAUGGGACAAUACAGCAGAACAUCAUAGGAUGCUCGGUCUUCCAGCCUAGUUGGUAUAAUACGGUUGUUGAAGCUUGUGCACUUAUGGCUGAUAUCAACACUAUGUCCAACGGACAUGAAACCAUGGUUGGCAGUGAUGGAAUCAACUUGAGUGGUGGACAGAAGCAGAAGAUUGCAAUUGCUAGGUCGCUUUACGCUUUGAAACCAAUCCUGCUAUACGAUGAUGUGCUCAGUGGACUCGAUCCUACAGGGGCGACCCACAUCGUUCGGGAGGUCAUCGGCCCAACGGGGCUUGCACGGCAAAGAGGUAUCACGGUGAUUCUUGCAACACAUGCCACUGAGUUUCUUCCUUUUGCGGAUCACGUUAUUGUUCUCAACGAAUCCGGCCAAGUAGCCCAGCAAGGGAGCUUCCAAUCACUUCGUUUUCAAGUUGGCUAUAUUGGGAACCUUGCAAUCACAGAGAAUGUCCCGGGAAAAACCGUUCUUAGUGCUGAUCAAGCUCCCAUAAAACAUCUGGAACCUCAUACGAAUAAUGAAAGAUCUGAAAACAGUGUACCAACCCGAGCUCCAAGGGAUUUUAGAAUCUACGGUUAUUACUUCAGGGCUGCCGGAACCUGGACAUCAUUACUUCUAUUGGCACUGGUAAUAUUUUAUACCACUCUAUACAACUUUCCCACGUACUGGCUACGGAUCUGGGUGGAUUCUACAAAUACUUCUCGCCUAGGAAGACUGGACGAUCUUGGCUACUGGGCCGUCUACACAGGUCUUCAAAUUUCAGCCCUUCUCCUAUUGCUUGGAGUGGCAUACCAUACCCUCAUCCGUUUCGUCAGCAGAGCUGGGUCAAACUUGCACAAAGAUAUCCUUGCCGUUGUGGUAAAUGCCCCCUUAUCGUUUUUUGGUUCAACAGAUAUCGGUGUUACUAUCAACCGUUUCUCCCAGGACAUCCAACUUGUUGAUAACGAGCUGCCUAUGGCAUUAUUAAACUGGCUGUUAACCGUGUUCCUGGCGCUUGGUCAAGUAAUAUUAAUCAUCAUUUCGUCACCAUGGGUGGGAUUUGCCUUUAUAAUUAUUGUUCCGGUAUUAUACACGAUGCAAAAUUUCUAUCUACGUACCUCCCGUCAGCUCAGAUUGUUGGAACUCGAAGCAAAAAGCCCAUUAUACUCAAGCUUCUUGGAGACAUUAAAUGGACUAUCCACACUUAGAGCUUUUGGAUGGACAACUCAAGCAUUGGAAAUGAACCACAGGCUACUUGAUGAAUCUCAGAAACCACUAUACCUACUCUAUAUGAUUCAGCGCUGGCUUACAUUCGUUCUCGACGUAAUUGUUGCCUUUCUCGCAGUCAUAGUGGUUACCCUAGCAGUGAUACUCAAGGCAAGCGGUGGACUCACUGGUGUAGCUCUAACCCAAGUGCUAUCUUUGAAUUUGAUACUUACGUCGAUUAUCAUAGCAUGGACUGCUUUGGAGACUAGCAUUGGAUCCGUUAGCAGAAUCAAACACUUUACGAAUUGUACCCCUUCGGAACACAAGUCUAGCGAAGUUAUCGAGCCUCCAUUGGACUGGCCGCAUCGUGGAAGGGUUGAUAUCAACAACAUUACUGCAUACUACGAAUCACGUCCCGAAUUUCCAGCCCUUAGCAAUUUGAACAUAACCAUAGAGGAAGGGCAGAAGAUCGGUAUAUGUGGUAGAAGCGGAAGCGGUAAAUCGUCUCUUCUUUUGCUCCUAUUACGUCUUCUUGAAAUUCAAGAUGGCUCCCUUGCAGUGGAUGGCCUCAACUUGGCCAGCCUGCCCCGCAACAUCAUCCGCAGCCGUUUUAAUAUGAUAUCGCAAGAACUUGUCUUUACCCCUGGUACAGUUCGUUCUAAUCUGGACCCUAAUAACCGAUAUUCCGACAACGAAGUUAUAAAUGCGCUGAAAAAAGCCCUUCUCUUUGAUGCGAUAAGCGCGCAAGGUGGUAUCGAUACCGAAUUCCAGCCAAACACCUUGAGCCAUGGCCAGCGCCAGUUAUUUUGUCUUGCAGGUGCUAUUCUUCGAAAGUCAAGGAUUGUUUUACUUGAUGAAAUUACAAGCAACGUCGACCAAGCUACAGACGAGCUGAUGCAGAAGAUUGUUCGAGAAGAGUUUAAACUAUGCACUGUCAUUGCCAUCGCCCAUAGGCUGAACACAAUUAUGGAUUUUGAUAAAGUGAUGGUGCUUGAUAGAGGCCGCAUUGUUGAGUCUGGGAGCCCGCGAGACUUGCUCACCCAAGAUUCUAUAUUCAAAAAGAUGUGGAAAGGGGGUACCAGAAAUGAUGCUUAA